CCGAGCAUAAACCCUAAAGUCAGAGAGGGGAGGACCAUCUGCGCUCGAUAGACGCUAGGGUAUGGAUUGACGAGGCGCAGGCUGCGAGGAGCAGCUGCCAAUUCCCAGAGUUUGCAAAGCAAUUGUAUGAGGGAUGAGGGAUUGAUUGGGGAAUCCUGCAUCGCAUUCCUGAGGUCGGUAUGCAUCGAGUCGCGAGCACUGGCAACGCUGCAAAUCCAUCCCGGCCUCGGAAGGAACGUAGACUGACAUAUGUUUUUACCGAUGCUGACGAUUCUACGCACUCUUCUGGUGUCAAUUGUGUGAAAGUCUCGUCUUCCAGCGAUUUGUCCGAUGGAAAAAGAUCUCUUUUCAGUGGCAGUCGUGAUGGAACGCUCAAAAGAUGGGAGGUUGAUGAAGAGGUCGCGACUUGCUGUGCUACUUUUGAGUCGCAUGUCGACUGGGUGAACGAUCUUGUUCUCACAGGAGAAGACACUCUCGUGUCUUGCUCUUCUGAUACCACGCUCAAGACUUGGAACGCAUUUUCGAAUGGAGCUUGUACUAGGACAUUUCGGCAGCACUCGGAUUAUGUCACGUCAUUGGCUGCUGCUCGGCAUACCGACACUGUGGCUUCGGGGGGCCUCGGUUGCGAAGUUUUCAUCUGGGACCUUGAAGCUGCGACGGCUCCUGUGUCGAAAGCACGAAGUGAUGGUUUGGAGGAAACCAGAUAUGACGGAAUGCAUAAGACCUCUGGAAAUCUACUACAUUCCGAGAGAUCGACUGCUGCAAUUACUCCUGCACAAACCUACGCUCCAAUACCAGCAAAGGGACAUAAACAAUCUGUGUAUGCCCUUGCCAUCAACGAUGCUGGAACCGUGCUUGUCUCCGGAGGCACGGAAAAGGCUGUAAGAGUAUGGGAUCCAAGAAGUGGUGCAAAGCAAAUGAAGUUGAAGGGCCAUACUGAUAACGUUCGAAGCUUGCUCUUGGAUCCGUCGGGAAGAUUAUGUUUGUCAGGGUCUUCAGAUUCAAUUAUCAGGCUUUGGGAUCUUGGGCAGCAACGUUGUGUUCAUUCAUAUGCUGUGCACACUGACUCAGUGUGGACAAUGGCGAGCACAUCCUCUUUUAGUCACGUUUACAGUGGCGGCAAAGACUUGUCGGUUUAUUUGACAGAUCUUUCUUCUCGCGAGAGCAUACUGCUGUUUACAGAACAGCAUCCUAUUCUUCAGAUGGCGUUGCAAGAUGACGAUUGGCUCUGGGUAGCGUCGACAGAUUCCUCAAUUCGUAAAUGGCCUGCACGGGAGAGAAUAUCCGCCAAAGCACUCCAAAAAGCAAAUUCCUUUGUGGCUGGAUCGCUUCCUUUCUCUCGUGCAAGAGCGUGGAUUGAUGGGUCCGCUCCGGCACCCCUGUACACGGAACCAUCUUCUAUUAUUCCAGGCACACCUGGAAUCGUGAAACAUGCACUGCUGAAUGACAAACGACAUGUGCUUACAAAGGAUACGGAGGACAAUGUGAAGCUCUGGGAGAUCACUCGCGGAGCUGUAGUCGAGAACUAUGGAAAAGUCUCGUUCGAUGACAAAGAAAAGGAGCUCUUUGAGAUGGUGAGCGUGCCGACGUGGUUUACCAUGGAUACGCGGUUGGGGAGCAUUUCUAUACAUCUAGAUACGCCUCAAUGCUUCUCGGCAGAGAUGUAUGCCGUGGAUUUGCAUGUUCCUGGGGCGUCUGAAGAGACCAAGUUAAAUCUUGGACAAGAGACGUUGCGUGGUCUCUUUGCGCACUGGCUUUCUCGACGAAAGCAGAAGACGUCGACGCAUCUAGCUAAUGGGGACGCCUUGUCAAGUCUAAGGACAUUGUCGGACAACGCUCAUGACAACACAGACAGUCAAGUUGUGUUCGAUUUUUCUACGUCCAUCCCUCCCUCAAUUAUCACGGAGGGCUCACAGGGUGGACCAUGGAGGAAGAAAGUGUCCGACUUGGAAGGCGUUGAAGACGAGAAGGAGCUACCGAGAUGGUGCAUCGACUGUGUAGCACACGCACAAAUCCCUCCUCGUGAGCAGUCCAAGUGUAGCUUCUUUCUACAUCCAUACGAAGGAACUGCUCUGCAAGUUCUCACGCAAGGAAAACUGAGCGCACCGAAGAUCCUAAGAAUACAGAAGGUGAUUAACUACGUGCUCGAGAAGCUAGUUCUGGACAGACCUCUAGACGAUCACGCCUCCGGUCCACAAAUGCCUGGUAACGUUUACGAUUACAGGCCCAGCUCAAGGCCGUGGCAAUCUAACCCGAAGCCAGCGAUCGAGAUACUGUGUAACCAGCAGGUUUUGUCUCCCGAUAUGAGCCUGGCAACUGUGAGAACAUACAUCUGGAAAAAACCGGAAGAUCUUUGCUUGUAUUAUCGAAACAUCCAGACGCAAAGCCGGUGAUAAGGAACGAAAGGAAGCGUCGGUCCAAACUAAUCGGCACAAAGUUUGUACAGACACAAGAAAGGUUUUUUAAAGUGGCCUACCAUUUUUUUUUU